AUGGGAAAGUUGGCUCAAUUCAAUCGCAGAAAAUUCGACUGGAAGGAUGAACCGAACACUUCGAAGAAUAGUUUAGCCGGCCUCCCUCAACAGUCUCUGGAGUUAGUACGUACAGGCGAAUGCAAUGUAAACCUUAAUCGGCCGCCAGAAGAAGAAAUAAGCCGCUUCCGGCUGUUCACCUCUGGCGACCCAGAGGCUUCUGCGGCAGGAUGUGCAGGGGUUCGUAUCGUCCUGAGUCACCGAGUGGAAGGAUCCUUGCUUGACUGGAUACCCUUUGGUAGUUGUCUCUGUGCGGUUCGUCUGGCAACGUCUGUGAGGGAGUCUCACAAGGGGGAAGUCGAUCGAUGUCCGUUUGUUGUGUCCGCUUACACCCCAACCGACUGUAGUUCAGAAACCAUCGAGGACAAGUUUUACGACGCCUUGAAUGCCUUUUUGCGGCGGGCUAAAAGCUCAGAUAUCGUCGUGGUUGCCGGAGAUAUGAAUGCACAAGUGGACCGGUUUAGCGCACCUAAGACUCAAUUAGUUGGUCAACAUAGACUGGACUCGGUACGUACGGUCAAUAUGAACGACUGCUUCAGCUAUGUGCUGAACGCAGACUGUUGUUAUGCAGUACUAACUUCCAAAAUGGCUAAAGUAGUCCGGCCACAUGGUGUCCUUCAACGGCGUGCUGGUCGUGGCCUCAAAUCUCGGAGAAAUAUUCCAGCCGGCUCCGAACAUAGCUUGAUGCGACAAUUUGUCGGGCGUCAAGUGAAAGUGAGUGUGCGGGUCGAUCGUGAAGUCUGGUGGACACGGAAAGCCAAGGAAUUGGAAGGGGCCCAAAAGGCUGAUAGCUCUUCCAACACUCACCUGAUGAUGACCAACACGAGUGAGCGCUUCGCCAAACCUGGUAACCUCUACACGAUGCACAAUCGAACCCAACAGCAGCAGCAGCAGCAACAACAACAACAACCACAACAGCUACCCUCAACUGAACAGCAAUGCUCGAUUUCAUCUGCAGAGACUGCCUUGGCCGGGGCUGCCAUUUAUGGACAGCUGGUCACAGCCGAUCAAUUGUCACAGUUGGAACAGCGUGGUGGAAAAGGUGACGAGGCGUCAAAAUCUCUGUCAACAGAUGUGAAAAACUCACUUCGUCUGGGGAAGGCCACACUAACAGAGGAGGAAGAUCCGACCAGCAAAGGUCUUCCUGCUCCUUCCGUGACAUCAGAUUACCAUCUACCUGCGAGUCACCCAAUAUUGGUGUCCACCUACGCCAAUCUGGACCCGUCCUACACAGCAGGGAAAGGCACGGCGCCAAAAGAACAUCAGUUGCUGCAUCAACCGAUGGACGUUUCGCACGGUUCUGCUGGAAGCGAUUCCCGCCCCACACCCACAUGUCACAUGGAUUGCGGGGCGUUCCCCAGUGGAACGGCGAUGGAAAUUGGAAGCCAGGCGGAAAGUCCAAUGUCACUCACGCGGACUGCACCAACCGAUACUUCUGGUGCGCGCCUUGGUGGUGCACAUGUAGCUGCCACAACUGGCACCAGUCCAUCUGCGCAUUCUUGUUCACCUCAUUGUACAUUGAAUAGCUCGUGCAGUACUGGCUCCGCAGCCACUCGAAUGAAAGACGCACUGCCAGCUGACUCGACGAAAGCCCCACAGGGGAACAAGGACCACGAACAACGACCUCUGAUGAAAAUGUCGGUCAACCUCAUACGGACGUAUAAGUUCAUUAAUGAGGUCUAUUAUCGCAAAAAGCGCAGGCUGCGAGAACAAGCAGCUGAAGACAACAGUCAAAAACGCGAUCGAAAGGGCUCCUUGACGGCCCUUCAAAACUCGGUGAACCCCAAUGCCGGCCCCGGGCAGACACAUCAGCCUACCCUUGGUCCGACUUCCACCAAUGCUGCUGCCCUCACGUGUCACCGUCAUCACAUUCAUCACCAUCAUCGGCACUGCGUUCAGCAGCAACUGCAGCCAAUGAACGGUUCAGCCAUACAUGCUCAGGUUCCCCCACCCUUAUCGCACCGUUGUGCUUUCGGUUCUCCCGGUGUUGUGGCCACCUGCUGUUGUACCACAGCUGCCGCUGUAGCUGUUGCGGCUGGUGCAAUCAAUACACGGCACUCUGGAACAACCAGGCACCUGCAACAUCCCCCUACAACAAGUCAUUUCCCAGCUUCGAUGGGAGUCCAACACCAGCAACAACCGCCCGUUCCCCCACACCAUCAUCACCAAUUACAACAUCUGCAUUUGUACGAUUCCGGAGCCUCCGGAGCCCCCCUGACUUGUUCUGUGGGUGCAAACAGCAAAGGGUUGCAUCUGGCAGCACCCCAACCUAUUGCUGCAACCGCCGCUUCCGGGAUAAGGACGCAUCCGUCGGCGACAACCAAUGGAUCGACGCAAAUACUACUGAAUACCGGCAACACAGUUGCUGCUCCUGUGCCCUAUCCCGCUUCUGCUCACCUCCAUGGUUUCGUACGUAUUGGAGAUGUAUGGCAGGACCGAUACAAAAUCCUUGCUCUCAUCGGAAAAGGCACAUUUGGACAGGUUGUCCGAGCGCUGGACCAAGAGAGCGGCGAAGAGGUUGCCAUUAAAGUGAUUAAGAACAAACGCUCCUUCCUCCAACAGGCAGGCGUCGAGAUCAAAUUGCUGUGUGAAAUGGCCGCAUUCCAGUCCAAUGAACAGCUCGCCACUGAGGUUGGUGCAAAUUAUAUAGUCAACCUUAAAGCCCACUUUACCUACCACGGUCACCUGUGCCUCGUUUUCGAGCUACUCUCCUACAAUCUGUACGACCUGCUCGUGAACACCAACUAUCGUGGCGUGUCGCUCAAUCUCACUCGGAAAUUCGCCCAACAAUUGUGUGCUGCCCUUGUCUUUCUCUCCCGUCCUGAUGUCCAGGUUAUUCAUUGUGAUCUAAAACCGGAAAACAUUCUGCUUGUCAAUCCCAAACGGUCUGCCAUCAAAGUUAUCGAUUUCGGUAGCUCCUGUCAUGUGUCCGAGAAGGUCUAUCAGUACAUCCAGUCUCGUUUCUAUCGGUAUCGUCUGGCAUUUCAACCCAGAUUGCGCACUCGUCCUGAUCUGUCUUUUGUUCUUCUCCUGUCCAGCUGUCCCGAAGUCCUCCUAAACCUGGACUACGGUCUCGGAAUUGAUAUGUGGUCACUUGGUUGUAUCCUAGUUGAAAUGCACACCGGUGAACCCCUGUUCUCUGGAUCGAACGAGCUCGAACAAAUUCUACAAAUCAUCGAGGUUCUUGGAUUUCCGCCCGUUCACAUGGUCGAGGCAAGCCCCAAACUGUCUGUCUUUUUCGAGACCGUCUGCUCUCCCACUCCUCCCGUGGCCGCCACUCAUACCACUGCGAUGCCAACUUCGUCUUCUGCUUGUCUCUCACCAUCAAACACUCGAAGUCAAUCCACCGGGGAAUCCACUGACGCGUCGAGUGGACUUUUACCGUCCUCUUGUGAAUCAUCGUGGUACAGGCCGAAACGAAUAUGGAAGAAAAAUGACUGGACCUACGAAUGCAACUUCCUUGGCGUUGGCGCACGACCUUUACGCACUGUCCUCGGUGCAGAUACUGGUGGUCCUCAGGGACGGCGUCGGGGUGAGCCCGGUCACAGUCCAGAAGAUUAUGAAAAGUUUGUCGACCUGGUGCAGCGAAUGCUUGUCUUUGAUCCGAGUCAGCGGAUACGUCCCGAGGAGGCUCUGGCUCACCGCUUUUUCAUGCGCAAAGAUGAAGGACAAUCUAAUAUUGCUCAUCUAGUCAGUACAACCACUUCCAUCGUUCACACGGCAGCAGCCAUUGUCACGAGUAAACCUUCUGGUCCGAGCAACAAGUCACCUGGCGCCAGACAGCAAGCUGUUCCCCAGACCGAUCCUUCGAUCUCCUCUCCCACAGUGACAGACCAAGAAAUGCCUCCAGCCUACCUCACUUAUGCUCCCAAUCAAGAUCCGAAGGCUGCUAUGAUAACGAACACCACCGGCAUUCAGAAAACGAAUUUCCAAACUGCCCCUGUUGUGACAGAAAGCUGAUCAAUCAAUCCAUUCUUCUUCUGUCCGCCUGUCCUUUCGAUUUUAUCCCAUCUGAAGGAUGUCCGAUCCACUCCGGAACUUGUAGCUCGACGUGGAAUUUGUUUUUUUUUUUGAGACAGGCGCUGGCUUGCUUAUUCGGUUUCGCAUGUGUUUUUCUGCUUUUAACAAUCGGGGCUUACGUCUGCGGUAAUCACACACACACACACCACACACACACACACACACACACAGACAAACAGGUCCGACGUGGCUUGAGAAAACAAGAGUUUUGCUGAUCUGCUAUCCACGUGUUUUGUUUCCUAAUUUCUGGUUUCAUGUUGUAUAUCCAUUCCCUCGGUUUCUUCAGGUUGUCCUUUACUUGUUUUGUUUGCGUUUGUUUUUUCUCUUGAUAGGUCAAUUCGAUCAGUCGAAUUUGGUGUUAUGCAACAAGCAUUAGGAUGCAUAGCCGUUCUGCUCGGUGACCACCACUUGGUCCAUGCCUUUUCCUACUCCAACCCGUAAUUGUGCCUUUGAUCAUUUCUCCGCCCCCCGCCGGUCCCAUCCCGGGCGGUAUUUUAUUUCUUCUUUUCUGUUCUUUUGGACAAGUCGGAAUUGUAGAGUAUUUGCUCACUUUUGACCGUUUGUAAUUUCGGGUCAUCAUUGACACACUGUACUGCCUGACUCUCUUCACCCGGUGCGAUUGAUAGCGCACAACCAGCCGAAUGACAUUCGUGUUAUAAUCGUUUACUUUGUGUGUGUGUUCUAUUUCUUGAAGCUUUGAUUUCUAAAAUUAAAUAGGUGAAUUCUUUAAUCGUCCACGUGUACAUAAACAUAGGACCUGUCCCGUCCCUCACCGGUCCUCGCGCACACGGAUAGCCUGGCAACAAUGAAAUCCCCGAUUUUCGAGCCUACCCUUCUCAUAUUUUGCUUGCCUUUCCUAAAAAAAUUUUCAAUGCUUCCGUGUGUACGUGUACCUUGCUCGCCUUUCACAUUACCACGCCUAUACAAUGUACCAGCAUUAUCCCCAUCACAUCUGUGGCUCUCCUGGUAGUUUCGUCACAUGAUUUGGUGCACCGUCACGUGUUCUAUCCAGAGCCACCAAUCCGCUUCGAUUGAUGAUCCAUCCCACCGCCGCUCUCUGAAAUCGUUUUGAAAUGAAUUGACUUGUGUCUACGCCAUUGCUAUUACUGCUAGUGUUGACAGAGAUUUGACACUACUUGUAGGAUUGCUAAUAUCGCCAAUGCUACGACAGCACAUCAUGCAUCAUCACUGUGUAUAUAUUUACCUACUUCUCCUCACUAUCUUGAUCAAAAUGGUUUUUACCCCUCCUCGCACACACACACACUUUUGUCCAGGCAUAUGUUAAUUUUAAUUUUUUCGGUCUAUUCGGAACGAAGAUGGCGC